UGGAUCUUUGAUUGCGGUCUCCUCUAAAUUGCAACACUGAAAACAAUGGCAACAGAAUGUAUAAAAAACUGCUGUAAAUGGUGUUUCUGCAUAGAAAAAGAAAAAAAAGAUCCAGUUUCCAUGGUGCAGGAAUCUGAAGCAGUAGCUGCAAGCAAGCCAACUAUUGUAGAGAAGCCUCCAUUGUCUUCUGUGUCAGUGAAGCGUCAAGUUGGCUGUUCAGAGGAUUAUCUGCUUUCUAAACUGCCCCUGGAUGGUCAGGAGGUACCGUUUGUGGUCCCUCCAUUCAGAUUGGCUUAUGUACAGCCGAAGAACCUUCCUAGUAUCUCUCAUGCUGGAGGGAUUCAAGAAUCUGCCAGAGCCUCAUUUGGUGACCGGAAAGCAGAACUGCACGGCGGGUACCAGUGGCCCUGCUAUGACGUGUACAACCCAUUCUAUUUGGAGCAUCGGGUUUCGCCAGAUCUGAUUAGGCGCUUCCAAGCAAAAUCAGAUAAUAGGAAAUUAUAUGGAUCAGUUAGUGAUUUAAGACCUAGAACUUUGCCUGGAUCAUUUGAUGUAAGUCGUUCAAUGUUUGAUCUCAGAAGCCCGCCUCAUCGAUUCAUGAAGAGAUAUGAUUCAUUCUCCAGUGUGCCUAGCAGUACCUCUUCCAGGAAGGAUUCACAAGGCAGUAACAGGAGUCUGGACACUAUUACAUUAUCAGGCGAUGAACGAGACUUUGGAAGACUGAAUGUGAAGUUGUGUUAUGUUUCUUCUGUAGAACAGAUUUGGAUCACAGUUUUACAUUGCAAAGACCUGAGCUGGCCUUCUAGCUGUGGGGAAAAUCCUCGUAUCUAUGUCAAGGGAAUUCUCACACUGCCCAAACCAGUGCACUUCAAAUCUUCUGCCAAGGAAGGAUGCAGUGACAUUGAAUUUAUGGAAACUUUUGUAUUUGCUAUUAAACUGCAAAGCCUGCAGGCUGUCAGACUGGUAUUUAAAAUCCAGACACAGACUCCCAGGAAAAAAACAAUUGGAGAGUGCUCCUUGGCACUGCGGGAGCUGAGCUCAGAGGAGUCAAGUCAUUGGCUGGAUAUAUCUCCUCCUUCCAAAGCACCUGUGUGCCGCGCAGAACUUCAAGUAGGAACUUGUUUUCAAGCAAUAAACAGGAGGAUUCAGUUACAGAUUCUUGAAGCACAAAACCUUCCAGUUUCAUCUACACCGCUGUCUUCAAAUUUCUUUGUGAAAGUUGGAAUGUUUAGUACAGAAGGGCUGAUCUAUAAGAAGAAGACUCGUCUUCUGAAGUCCACUAAUGGCCAAGUGAAGUGGGGAGAAAUGAUGAUUUUUCCAGUUAGCCAAGCUGAACAAGGAAUUAGCUUUCUCAUCAAGCUCUACAGCAGAAGCUCAGUGAGAAGAAAACACUUCCUAGGACAGAUCUGGAUAAGUUCUGAUAGCAGUAACAGUGAAGCAGUAGAGCAGUGGAAAGAUACUAUUGCCAACCCUGAAAAAGUUGUUGUUAAAUGGUACAGCAUUGGUCCAUCUUGAAGACUGGAGAUGAAACUCAGGACUGAUUUUUCUACAAAGAUAUUCCUACGCUGUUUAAAGUAGUAGAAAUAAAAAGAAAAAUACUGUCUACACAAGUUCUUCAGAAGGUCUCCACUGCAUCACACCUCCAUGGUAACUGGGAAAAUUCAGUUUCACAAAGAGAGAUGCUGGCUAAAUAUUAUUAAGAGGAAGACUUAGGAACUGGGAAAAGUGCUCAUUUGAUUUUAAAAAAUCCACCUUGAAAAAUGUAUUUUUGCCCCUUUCAGGCUCCAUUAAGAGCACAGAAAUCUCAUCUUGGAGGGAAGCAGCUCGAAUCAGCAUCUUCUUCGCUAGUCACUGAAGUCAUUCUUAUCUGCAGUCUUGUCUUUGGCAGACUCCAAAGUCCAUGGGAAUCAGUCCGGUCAGUGGCUUGAUCCUAGGUACCUCUGAGCCUCUGGGGUUGCACCCGUGUUGACACCAUUUGAUCAGAGUAACGUGUGUCUGAGCAAAUGGGAAAGCUGUGGCGGUAGGAGAAGGCAUAAAGGGAACUGCAAUAAGGCAGUACCCAAAGGCUUUUCUGACCUCCAUCUUUGAUGAAGGGUUGUUCAGUACCCUGACAUGCCCGUAGCUUGUUUUUUCCCCCAUCCUUCUCUCUAAACAGAGAGAUUGAAAGAUAAAGAGUUUCUCUGACUAACCGUGAUCUUUGCAAGUUGGGGCCCUCCAAACUUGCUCGGUUUGGGUGAAUUCUGGUUGGAAUCAAUGGAAUAAUACAAAGAGGCAACGGCCCUGCCUAGGAUCAGGGCCAAUAUUUUUAGAUAAAUUACUUUCUUAUAUAGAAUUAUUAUACGUAAACCACUUCCUAUCUAAUCAACAAUGUUCUAGCAUUUGCUUACAUUGCUAAAAGCCAGACUAACAUGUACGAAGAAGUAAGCAAAUAUUUACUGACAUAAGUGCUUUUUGAUAUUAAUUAAAAUGCAGCACAGUAAGGGACUCGGACUUUGUUUAAAAGAUGGGCUACUACUGCAGAAGUAUUUGUUACAUGCCUAGGAUGCUGAAACACUAUGUGUGUGAGUAUAUGUUUGUUACUUGUUUCUAGCAAGACAAAAUUACCAUAUUUUUAUUGCAAAUUAUACUUUUUCCUACAAAAUCCUAAGAUUAUUUUUUCUAUUAGUCCCUAUAUUUUCAGGGGUUUAUUCACAGUUAUUUUUAAGGCGGGAAAAUGCCAUGUAUAUAAUUGAUAAUCUAAAAGCACAGACCUCUUUGCACUAUUUUAACUACUGGAUUUAAAAAAUAUAUAUAUUCCAUUAAAUCCACUGCUUACACAUUUACUGUUGGCUGUCUGGACUGUACAAAUACGUAUGUUCAUAUAGACACUGAAUAAUUGUAUCUUUUUUAUAACUUGGACCCUGUUCAAACAGCUGACAUGAACUAGAGUGGCAGUGAGAGCACUCGCUGCUGGAAGGCAAAGGAACAGUGGGGAGCCGAGAAAACUCUGUAACAGGAAAGCACAUCGUAUUUAAGCAUAGAGCUCAGAGCAUCUUUAUUUUAACUUUUUUGACUUUGAGUAAGGGUCAAGAAAAAAUGGAAUCUCUUAGAUAUUUUUUUUCAUCAGCUGAUAAUUGAAUUUUAGAACUUCAACCAUCCAGACUUUUGUUGUUGAAAUUUACUAUUUUGAAAAUGGGCAAACAAAAGGAUUUUCCCAGGCUCUUAGAUGUUUCUGCUUUUUGACCAGUUUUUAUAAAUGAACUGAAAAAGUUUUUGCAUGUUACUCAGAGAACAAACAUCAGUUCUAGCUCUUACUGAUACUCUUUGCAAAGCUCCCAGUAGGCCCAGAGGAUCUUGACUGACAGUGUUAAAUUCCAGCCGGUUACAACACUUGGGAUGAGCCUGGCCUGUUGGGUAAAAUAAAAAAAGGAACUGGACCGAGCUGAUAUUCUUGGAGUAUCUUUACUUGAACACACGGAUCCAAACUAACUGUUUCCUUAUGCAGAAUGCUGCUCUAUUUGAAAGAGAGGACAGGGAAUAUCCCAGUGUUUCAGAGGCUUCAAUUACCACAGAAGUGGUGCUACAGAGACUGCCAACUCAGUGGAUACUGUAUAAAAAGGACAUUUUGGGCUGUUUUAGGACACCUAGCCUUUUAAAGGCCUAACUAGUAAUGUCUCCUUUUUCCUAUGUUAAUAUUUAAUCUAUGUGUUUAUAAUAAAAGCUAU